AUGGUAUUAUCUGGUUCUGGUUCUGGCUCAGGCUCUGGUUCUGGCUCGAAAGGAUCCAAUAAUGGAGAACAACGUAGUGGCGAUUGCCAGGGUGCUGGAGAUAAUCAAUCUACUGUUGUGAAGAAGGAAUCACCGGGAGAGAAUGUUUCCUCGAGCCAAAUGGAAGAUAAUUCUGGGGUUUUCGGCGGCAGAAGUAAUAUAUCAGCGUUACAACAGAUACAACAGGGUCCGUCUCCUAAUCUAUCCAACUCCGAUUCUCCAAUGAAUGGGGCGCUACUAGCUUCUAUCACGAGUCCGCUGCUGGCGCAUGGUAGUGGUAAUGGAAGCAAUGGACAAUCAGGAAUUGGGAGGGCUUCGAACAGCCACCCACCAUCGAAUGCGGGGUCGAGCACUAAUGGGACCUCCACUCCAUCCUACCGUGUAGCUCAGGCUUGUGACAGAUGCAGAGCCAAGAAGAUAAGAUGUGACGGUAAGAGGCCGCAGUGUACGCAGUGUGUCGCUGUUGGUUUCGAUUGUAAAAUCAGCGAUAAGUUGAGCCGAAGGGCGUUUCCUAGGGGCUACACCGAGACUUUGGAGGAAAGAGUGAGAGAACUCGAAGCUGAGAAUAGGCGAUUGGUAGCGUUAUGCGAUUUGAAAGAGGAGCAACUGCAUUUGGUCUCGAGAUUCAGUAGUAAAGACGAGGAUGCAGACCAAAAUAGCUCAGGUGUGGCUAAUACAGAAGAAGAACAAAUUUUGCAUGAGCUAUCCAAGACGAACGGUGGCUCCUUGAGAGUGAGCUCCACAAACCUUUAUUUGCUCAAUAAAAAGGCCACGCCUAGUGGGACCGACAACGAUGGUUUGUCGGACCCUGUUCCUGUUGCUAAAGUUGCUACCACCACGGCGGCUCCCCGCAUUAUUUCGCCAAGAAAUAGCGUUGCAGAAUCAGACCCUUCACAGAUGAGCAUUGCCAGCCAAGAACCUGACUUCAACGCUACCGCAAAGGGGAAGCAAGACGCAGAUUUGAAGACCGACCCGUAUGGGAUCUCUUUCGAACAGAAUGAGGCACCAGGUCUUCCAACUCUAAAAGCCCUAUCGUCGCUGUCACGGUACAAGCAAGGCACUCAACUUGCUACGUUGGUUGCAGUGUCCGUUCCAAGAACCACAGAGGAAAUUUUAUUCGUUCCCCAGCUCUUGGCACGUAUAGGCCAGGUGCAUGGAUACACGUCUAAACAGUGCAUUUACACCGCAACUGUACUUGCGUCUUUGAAAGAGACUAGCAUUUCACAAAUUCCACCUGAAUUGGAGGUCUUGAAGAACCGAAACCUAUGGGAGAUUGAUGAUGUAUUACAUUUCUGGAAGAACGUCUUUAAAUUAGACUUUAUGAAAUACACUGCAGUGGACCAUUCUUCAACGCAUUUAAAUUUCACCGAAGUUGAAGAACUUAUGCAAUUGUUUUUCGAGGAUUGGUACGAGUUAAUUCCAUUAUUUGAUAAGAAUGAGUUUAACUCAUACUAUGAAAAGUUCAAAACAAAUGUAACAGAUCCAAACUUCUUUAUCAGGAAAGAUGAUACUGUCUUCAACAAUCGCACAAGGUCUAUUUCGUACAAAAUUUUCUCUUGUAUGUUGAUAAUCAUUGUGCAAAUGGGACUUUUAUCUAAGAUUAAAAGAGAGAACAUCACUUCAGGAAAGGCAAGUGACUUGAUGAAGUAUUAUGACAAGCUCAUGGCCCAUAUCUGGUUAAACCCAUACUUUAAUUCAAGAAAUACUUCAAUUCAAGUGCUCCAAUCAUUAUCUCUAUUGCUAUUUUAUAUGCUCAACGUGGGUGAUAUACCGUCGAUUUACGAGCUUCGUGGUAAGGUCGUUUCCAUGUCACAGCAAUUAAGAUUGCACAGAUGUCCUAGUGCAGUGUUGGGUGGGGACGGAUCAACGGUCUCAAAAAUCCAACAAGGUGAACGUCGUAUUCUAUUUUGGAGUAUUUAUUACUUGGAUGUAUUCAGUGCUCUCCAACUUGGUGUCCCUCGACUAGUCAAAGAUUUUGAAAUAGAAUGUGCACUACCAGUCACUAGCGAUGAUGAUAAACAAGUUAAUUUAGCCGGUCAAAUGAUUGCAUUAGAAGGUAAAGUUUCCCCGUUCUCACUCUCUGUUAUAAGAUUUGCUAAAGUUAUGGGCAAUAUCUUGGACUCAACCUUUAAAAGAGGAAUGACCACACAGUUAACUAAACAAGCCGCUCUAGUGCACGAGAAUGCUUUAGAUAAUUGGAGACAUGGUCUACAAGAUGAACUUUUCUUCCAGUUGGAUGUAAAUGGUACCAUUAACAUGGAUGAGUUUAACCAACAAAAGAAGUAUUCACAAUCCAUCUCUUCUGAGUCCUCAAUAUUCACUCAAAAAUCACUAAUAUUAAUGACAUUAUACUUCAUUGCAAAAUGUAUGGUCCAUCUCCCAGUGGUUGCAACUAAACCACUAGUUUACGAAGUUGCUAAGUCUUCAAACAGCGAAGAAGCGGAAAAGGUUUCUGUCGAUCGGUCGCUUUCCUCCUACGUCUUAUUACAACAGGCAACGAAUACCCUGCUAAAUGUCUUAACAGCGUUGAACAAUCAAUAUUUACCGCUACCAAUUAAUUUGGCCAGGACAAAAAUCAGAUUUGGUCUUUUCAGCGCUCGUGGUUCGUUAGAGUACACCAAGGGAGGUGCCUUGUUUCAGGAUAAUAAGGCUCUCCUAUUGGAUUUGGUAAAAGAAUUAGAAGCCGAUAGGAAGUUAGGCUUACCAAGCACAAUGAGCUGGCAUAGUUUGAAGCUAUUUGAUCUUUCAAUCAAUUUGAUACUUCAACCCGUCAACUCUAAUCCAGAGAAGACGGAAAAGAUGAUUCAAAAGAAGAUCAACUACUAUAAUAAACUAAUGGGUCACCCAAGUGUUAAUGUCAAACGGAAAAGAGAUGGAAAGUCUACCACAAAUACCUCGAAGAAGGUUAAAGUGGAAGAAGAUCAAACCACAGACAAUAUGCAGAAUGUUGGCACCGGUGAAACUACCGAUACCGCUCAUUCCGAAGACUUAGUUAAGGACGUUCCUCGAGAAUUUGAUGUUUUGCCAGAGAACUACACUACAAUACAAGAAGCUUUCCAACUGGACCCUGUGCUAAAUACCAAUCCAUUCAGUAACACUGAUCUCAAGGCCCUUUUCAAUACCGGUAUGAUGGAAGCAUCAUCUGGUAAUGAAAAAUCCGCCAAUUACGCUGAAAAUGUUGUUGGGGACAGUAACCAACCCUUGACUCUGAAGGGUAACGGUACGUCGCUGUUAAACCUAAAUGGGCUUACCAACGAAAAUAACGAAGGUGUUCAAACAGAUGGCUUGAAGGCCAACCCUAGCAUGUCUAACCUUCUAAAUUUGAGCAAUAGUGACAGUCUUUUCAGAGUUCCAAGUAAUGGUGAUUUCCUAAAGGAUUACUACAUCAAUAACAUGAGUAACACUGGCUUAUCGAACGCUAAUUCAGCAGGUAUGAAGAACGCUCCUUCUUUGUCCCAGCUCAGCUCAUUAUUCAUGUCCAGUGGAUCAGGUAACAAUGCUUCAUAUAACAAUGUCCGUGGUAAUGCCAAGCAGGAAACGGGUAACAAUUUCAACACCCAGAGAAACCAACCUACUCUCGAUGGAGUUUCAUUUGCUGCCGACGCAUCUCUAGGUUUAGCUCCAUUGUUAGCAUGGUCCCCAGAUUCCAAGAGCCAUUUGAAUAGCGGUAGCAAUAAUGGAAAUGGUAGAAGCGAUACAUCUACUACGGGAAUUGUCCUAGAUACAGGUGAACAAACUGCUACAAGUCCAUAUAUCGCCCAGUUACAACAACAACAGCAACAACAACAACAACAACAACAACAACAAUUGCAUAAUAGUGAGCAAGGAUAUAAUUCGCACGUCAGUGCUUCAAUUCCAAAAAGGAAGUUAUCGGUAACGGCUGAUCUUCAAAAGAACCACCCCACUAGGGUCUCAAACUUCAACCAAAUGAACUCUCCUGCAACAGCACAUCAUCCCCUGAUGCUAAUUCAUGGGGGGCUCUCCACUUAUGAUAAUGCAACCCCCCCUGUAAUGCCAUCAUCCUCCGCGGUUGACGGUGUUUCGAACGCCAAUUCGAACUCUAACAGCACACCUAGUGCUUCUGGGUCUAACCGCCGUGGACCAAGGCGUCGGUGGAACAACAACGCGGGCACAUCAAACACAUACUCUAAUGAAGACCAAUCUGUGUCUGAUUUGCUACGCUGGCAGAAUGGACCCUGA